UGGAAGACAGCAAGAUAAUUGCGCUCAGCUGUGUUUCACGCAAAUGCUAUCACGAGUCUAUUUUUUCACUUCUGUGAAUUGCCAUAAUUUCUAUAAUGACCAAUAAUUUCUUUAACCUUCUGUGACCACGAACUCAUGUGAACUUCAGUAAUCUCACCUUUCGAUAAGUAAUCCCUCCGUCAGCUGUCUCUUUAACCUCUACGACCGGGAAGUCGUAUAAAAUUCAGUAAUUUCACUUUUCGAUAGAUAAUCCCUCUGUGUUUCGCGAAGCGACAAGUUUCCACGGUGGAAGCCGUGGAAGCGGCGAAAUGCGAAAAGUGGGAAAUUACAUGAUUAUGCUCAGAGUUGCAUGGUCGGCCGGGUCGCGGGGACGUUUUCGCGUGCGGGGUCAUAUCUAAGUAAUUCGCAAUUUCCGCGAGUGAAUCAUUGUGCUUGACACAAAACUCGACCUUGGUUGGCUUCCGGGUGCCGAGAUAAGGAAUUUAUUUCGGAAGCAAAAGGGUGACAAACGGUGACCCCCGGCCGUUCGACGGCACGAUCGUUCGCAUUCCAGACAUUCUAGAGCGCGAGAGAGACUCCCGUUCGUCGUCAAGGCAUCGUUCUCGACACCAUAUGCUAAUCGCCGGUAGACUCGUCUCCAAUUGGCCGCUCGCCUGGGAAAUCGGACGAUGCUCGUAACUCCGGCAAGAUGGGAACGCACGCCUUGCUCUUCCGCCCGUACAGUUGCGUCGUCUCGACGUGCCGCGUCACACGUCAUUCUUUGACGGGCGACUGGCCGGUGCUGAUAAGGAGAGAAUACAACAAGUUCAACAGUGUUGCGCACAAGAUGUCGACGCUCAUGGAGAAGGAUUACGGAACGGCGCAAAUAGCACCGUUGCAGAAGGCCGCUUUACAGGAGCGUUGCAUCCUCGUGGACAAGCAGGACAGACCCGUCGGCGAGGCCACCAAGCAAGCCUGUCAUGAGAUCGACACCGAGGGGUGUGUACCGCUCCACAGGGCGUUCAGCGUCUACCUGUUCAACUCUAAGGGGGAAUUGUUACUCCAAAAACGAUCGAAUACCAAGAUAACAUUUCCAAAUCACUAUACGAACACGUGCUGCAGUCAUCCGUUGGCGGAGAUUCCUAACGAAAAGGAGGAGGAGGAUGCUAUCGGGGUACGCCGGGCCGCGAUCAGGAGGCUCAAUUACGAGCUGGGCAUACCCACCAGCGAGGUCAAACCCGCCGAUCUGUUUUACCUGACGAGAAUUCGCUAUCAAGCGCCGAGCAACAAUCGUUGGGGCGAACACGAGAUCGAUUACAUACUGUUUCUGCAACGGGACAACCUCACCAUAAAUCCCAAUCCCGACGAAGUGAGCGAGACUCGAUGGGUGCCGCGAUCGGAGAUCGACAACUUCAUGAAGACCACGUCGUUGCUGACACCGUGGUUCCGUCUGAUUUACAAAUUCAAGCUGCUACACUGGUGGGACAAUCUGCACGGUUUAGCCAAACUGGUGGAUCACCAAAAUAUACCUAUGCUGACGGACUAAUCCGGUGUACAUAGAUCCCGAUUUUGUCAAAGCGUCUGAAUCAAGGGCGCAUCAUUACGGGUUUCCGAUUUCCGCAGUUUGUAUUACUGUGGCUCGAUGUAAAAUCGAUUUAAGGGCUGAUGGAAUUAAUUUAAUUUUAAGAUUUAUUAAGUUUAUGGGAUAGGUUUGUUGUACCUGCAUUUUCUGAAUUUAAAUAUUUUACGUACAUAUACAUUGUGUAAUUUAUGUAUAUGAAGAAAAGUAACGUAAGUGUUACUAAGUAUAAAAGUAACGUAAGUGUUACUAAGUAUAAAAGGUGGAUGUAUAUUAUUUUUUAUCGCCUAGUCGUUUUCAGAUCUUUAAAUCUAAAAUCUAAAUUAAUCUAAAAGGAUGGGACCUGCACACUUGGACUGUAGCGUAACUUAAGCGUUUCUUGUUGGAAACUGUGCAUAUAUUUUGUUAAAUAUGUACGAAUUUAAGCAAAUAAAUUUAUUACUGCAA